AUGUGUGUGACCCUCGCCAAAGCACAUCGACUACUCUUGGCCACCUACAACGGUCAGUCUGCGCUCCACAACGUCGAUCUCGCAUUGGCGCUGUGUUGUCACCAUCGUCGCCGCCUCGGACCGUAUUGCAACGUGACCGUUGCUCUCCUUGGGAAAGCUGCAGCUUGCUUCUUGUCACAUGGUCGCCAUGUGGCGCUCAUAUCGCGAACUAAGGACCCAAGAGGAGAGGAGAAAACUCAAGGUUCUCUCGAUAGAUCGACUGGUGUUGGUGUUGCAUUCGUCUCGAUAAUUUUGGCGACGGGCCUGUGGAUGCUGAGAACCUCAACUGCGUCCAGACUUCUGCUACCCUUCGAUGUAGAAGGCUUCCGCGACGGCGGGUUAUUGGCGACGACGCAUGCAUAUGUCCUCUCCUUUCCCUCUUGCAUUGACGCUCCGCAUCUCACUGCAACUUGUCCAGGAUCUCUAGGCAAACGCUCAACCCCAUACCCGAGCCUUCGAUCCCCCAUCUCCGACUACUUGCAUUGGACACAUAACAGAAAGUGUUACCGGUUCCGACAAAACGCUUGGUUGCUACGGAGCAUCGCUCUCUGCAGCCGAAGAUGCCGUCACAACCCUCCUGUUAUUCUUGCAUGGUGGAAGUGUAUUACUUCAACAGCGCGAUUACCUCAUUUCGCCAUCCACCAUUCGACUCAAAGCCAGUUUUUCUGGCUGUCGACCGUCACCUCACCUCCCUGUGAUUUCAACACUGACCUCGUCGCAGAUGUGGACUAUGCGUCUGACGUCAAGCAUAACCAGGGCCUAAUGACAAAGGAGUGGUUGGUGAAGCAUACUGGAGCGAGGGCGAGGUCGUCUUGA